AUCACCCGCGGGUAACCAAAGCAGCAUCAGAAUUUCUUGGAGCUACACACCCAAAACACUCCACACUCCAAAAACCGAGAAAACAAAACUCAAAUAUCGAAGGGAAAAAAAAAUAAAAAACCCAGAAAAAAAAGGGAAAAACCAGAGGAAUCUGAAGAAAUUGCUCAAAUUCGACGAUUGAGAAUCUCUUCCAUCGGUCUAUAAGUCGAGUCUCAUCGCAUAUACGCAAACAUCUGGAGUGAAACCGAUACAAAAUUUGGAGGAUUAAGCUCAGCGUACAGAUGCGCAAACUCUGCUUCGAAUCGGCGUUGAAACGCUUCGAGGAUUUUGUUGUUCUAUCAGGAAGAUAGGUGCUUGGAUGGGAUGGAAGGCAGAAUCACAAACAGUUAUAAAGAGGGUUGCAAAUAUUAGUGUCUAUUAUACUCAUCAGGAACUUACACAUGGCAUCUGCCAGCCUAGGACAUGGGGGAGUAGGCAGUUCCAGGACUGCAAAUGGCUUUAAGGGGUCAUCAAGUUCAGUUGACUGGCUGGGGAGAGAGAUGCUUGAGAUGAGAUUGAGAGACAGGGUGGACCAAGAUGAUGACAGAGAUAGCGAACCUGAUAUUAUUGAUGGUGUGGGUGCUGAAGCAGGUCAUGUAAUAAGAACAACUUUUGGUGGUCGAAAUGGUCAAUCUAAGCAGACUGUUAGUUACAUAGCAGAACAUGUGGUUGGAACUGGUUCUUUUGGUGUUGUUUUCCAAGCAAAAUGUAGAGAGACUGGAGAGAUUGUCGCCAUCAAGAAGGUUCUCCAAGACAAGCGCUACAAGAAUAGGGAGUUACAGAUUAUGCAAAUGUUGGACCAUCCUAAUAUUGUUGCCCUUAAGCAUUGUUUCUUUUCUACAACCGACAAGGAAGAGCUGUACCUGAAUCUUGUACUUGAAUUUGUUCCGGAGACUGUUAAUCGUAUUGCAAGGAACUACAGCAGGAUCAACCAGCGAAUGCCCUUAAUAUAUGUGAAACUCUAUACCUAUCAGAUCUGCAGAGCGCUUGCGUAUAUACAUAAUUGCAUUGGUAUUUGUCACCGUGACAUCAAGCCUCAGAACUUACUUGUGAACCCACACACGCAUCAGCUGAAACUUUGUGAUUUUGGGAGUGCGAAAGUUUUGGUAAAAGGAGAACCCAAUGUUUCUUAUAUCUGCUCAAGAUAUUACCGUGCCCCAGAACUCAUAUUUGGUGCCACUGAAUAUACGACUGCUAUAGAUAUUUGGUCUACUGGCUGUGUGAUGGCUGAAUUGCUUCUGGGACAGCCUUUGUUUCCUGGAGAAAGCGGAGUUGAUCAACUAGUUGAGAUCAUCAAGGUCUUGGGAACACCUACCAGGGAGGAGAUAAAAUGUAUGAAUCCAAACUACACCGAAUUUAAAUUCCCACAAAUAAAGCCUCAUCCAUGGCACAAGGUCUUCCAAAAACGUUUACCUCCAGAAGCUGUGGAUUUAGUUUGUAGGUUUUUCCAGUACUCCCCCAAUCUGCGAUGCACAGCUUUGGAAGCUUGCAUCCACCCUUUCUUUGAUGAGUUGAGGGACCCUAGCACUCGUCUUCCUAAUGGCCGUCCUCUUCCUCCCCUCUUUAAUUUCAAACCUCAAGAGCUCUCUGGCAUCCCAUCUGAUAUCCGCACACGGCUUAUUCCAGAACAUGCACGAAAGCAAAACUUAUUCAUGGCUCUGCACACCUAAGCAAAAUCCUGUGUUUCUCCCCUCCUCUGGCAAUUAUCACAACACACCACUUGGGCCUGUCUUGCAUCAAUAUCUGUAAAGUUCCUGUGCUCCCCUUCUUAAUUAUUGUCUCUUGUUUAGUGUGAGAUUGUGUUGCAAAUGUGGUUCCUAGGACAAUUUGGGAGAGCUGAGGCUUUGAGUUUGAAAUAUUGGUGAAGAUACUGUUAUCGUUCUUUUCUUCCUUUUCCUUCCCUCCCCCAUUUUGCAGUUGUUGUUUCCGAAUCUGAAAGGGAACCAGAAACCAGAAUCUAUGAUGUAUAUUUACCCCGACCCUAUCACAGGGGCAGUUCCCGGUGCCAAAAAAAUACGAGGAUGCGAGAAUGUAUGUAUUUUUUUUUUUUUUAAACAUCCUGUAUUGAAUGUAUGAAUCCAUGUUCUUCACCA